AUGGGUCUGCGACGCAUCGGAUUCAAUUACACUGGGCUCUUCGAGGGCAUGCAAGGCAUCACAGCAGCGACAACAGCGACCAAAGCCAAAGCCACCGUGGAUACGAGCAUUCUACCCAGCGAUUCAAAAUGUUCCAGGUACGUGCUGCACCCGUCUGUCAUCGACCAGUGCUUCCAGCUCUUCACCGUGGCAUCAUGUCGGGGCAUACGCCGAAACAUAAGCCAGGUUUCAGUACCGACCUUCAUUGAGGAAAUGGUCGUGUGUCCUUGUCCAAUGAGCCAGACCCUGAGCGUCGUGGCCCAUGUUGAUAAUGCACUGGAGCGAGGCUCCUUCACGGGUAACCUUGUGGCUCAGAGUGCCGAGGGUGACGAACGCCUGACCACUACGUGCAUCAGCCUGAAAGGCCUCAAGACAAGCGCCCUUACCAGCAGAAGUGAUAGGGAUGCAGACGAGGAAGAGAUGCCUCUAAUCACGCAGCUCGAGUGGAUGCCUCACAGCGACUUCGCAGAUCUGGGGAGCCGUUUCCGUUGA